AUGAUGUGCCUGGAAUGCGCCUCGGCGGCGGGCGGCGCGGAGGAGGAGGAGGCGGACGCGGAGCGGCGGCGCCGGCGCCGAGGGACGCAGCCAGGGGCUGGUGGUGGCGCUUGCUGCGGGACGCGGGGCGCCGGGGGCGCUGGAGUCGUGUCCGCAGACGAUGAGGUGCAGACGUUGUCCGGCAGCGUGAGGCGGGUUCCGUCCGGACCCUCCAGCAUCCCCAGCACCCCGGGCUGCGCAGCGGCUGCCAAAGGCCCCGGAGCACCGCAGCCCAAACCUGCCAGCUUGGGUCGAGGGCGGGGGGCAGCCGCUGCCAUCCUGAGCUUGGGCAACGUGCUCAACUAUCUGGACAGGUACACCGUGGCAGGUGUUCUUCUGGACAUCCAGCAACACUUUGGGGUCAAGGACCGGGGCGCUGGCUUGUUGCAGUCAGUGUUUAUCUGCAGCUUCAUGGUGGCUGCCCCCAUCUUUGGCUACCUGGGAGACCGCUUCAACAGGAAGGUGAUCCUCAGUUGCGGCAUCUUCUUCUGGUCGGCUGUCACCUUCUCCAGCUCCUUCAUCCCGCAGCAGUACUUCUGGCUGUUGGUCCUGUCCCGAGGGCUGGUGGGUAUCGGUGAGGCCAGCUACUCCACCAUUGCGCCUACCAUCAUCGGUGACCUGUUCACCAAGAAUACACGUACACUCAUGCUGUCAGUCUUCUACUUUGCCAUCCCACUGGGCAGUGGCCUAGGCUACAUCACAGGCUCCAGUGUGAAGCAGGCAGCUGGAGACUGGCACUGGGCCCUGCGGGUGUCCCCUGUCUUGGGCAUGAUCACAGGAACACUCAUCCUAGUCCUAGUUCCAGCCACUAAGAGAGGCCAUGCUGAUCAGCUUGCGGGGCAGCUCAAGGCACGGACCUCAUGGCUCCGAGAUAUGAAGGCCCUGAUCCGAAACCGCAGCUAUGUCUUCUCCUCCCUGGCAACGUCUGCAGUAUCCUUUGCCACAGGGGCCUUGGGCAUGUGGAUCCCCCUCUAUCUGCAUCGAGCCCAAGUUGUGCAGAAGACAGCAGAGACGUGCAAUAGCCCGCCCUGCGGGGCCAAAGACAGCCUCAUCUUUGGGGCCAUCACCUGCUUCACGGGCUUUCUGGGUGUGGUCACAGGCGCUGGAGCUACUCGCUGGUGCCGCCUGAGGACCCAGCGGGCUGACCCACUGGUGUGUGCUGUGGGCAUGCUGGGCUCUGCUAUCUUCAUCUGCCUCAUCUUUGUGGCCGCCAAGAGCAGCAUCAUGGGCGCCUAUAUCUGCAUCUUUGUUGGGGAGACACUGCUGUUUUCUAACUGGGCCAUCACUGCAGACAUCCUCAUGUAUGUGGUCAUCCCUACUCGACGGGCCACUGCUGUGGCCUUGCAGAGCUUCACCUCCCACCUGCUGGGGGAUGCUGGAAGCCCCUACCUCAUUGGCUUUAUCUCGGAUUUGAUCCGUCAGAGCACCAAGGACUCCCCGCUCUGGGAGUUCCUGAGCCUGGGCUAUGCCCUCAUGCUGUGUCCCUUUGUCGUGGUCCUGGGUGGCAUGUUCUUCCUUGCUACUGCUCUCUUCUUCCUCAGUGACCGUGCCAAGGCUGAGCAGCAGGCUGACGAGGUCCCUGCCCAGUGCCUCCGGUCAGCCGGCCCCCGAGAUGCGAUGUGCCAGAGCCGUGCCUGGGCCCGGUCCCUGCUGAUGUGCCACCCUGACCCCCGCCCGUCUCUCCCCCAGGGUGAACCAGCUGGUGAUGCCGCCCACAUCCAUGAAAGUCUGAGGUGGUGCCGCUGGGACAGUGAUGAACUCCAGUUUAGACUGAGAGAUAUCCACUGGCACUCUGGACCUGCAGGAUUGUCCCAGAGCAUCCUGUGUGACCCACAGCUGGGUACUCACCCUCUCUGGCCCAGGAUCGAGUGGCCAUGGCUUCAAGGAGAAGCAGAGUCCCCAGUUAACCUGGAGGGCUGUGUGUGUUGGAACCACUCAGUUGGACUAAUUUCCAGCUCUGAGUGGGGGCUGCAGGGCCCGUGUGGCCAAGCGAGAAGCCAGCCAGCAGUGGGUGCUUGGGGAGAAACUGGCUCGCCCCUAGCUCAUGUGAUCUUAGGGGAGUCCCUGCCUGUCCUAGACCAUGGGUCCAGGGAACUGGAGAUUCCCCCAUUGUGUGCCAAGCAAGGCAUUCUUCACAGCUUUGAAGAAACAGCAGGUCCCAGGCUGUACACAGAUGACAUAGGCCAGCUCUCAGGGCCCCAGUUUCGAUUCUGAGGUCCCCCCAAAGGAUCUGGUGUUGUAGGGACCACCUUCCUUCUGUGGGACUCUGACCUCGGUGACAUCAAACUCAACCUGGCACAUGGAGGACACCCAUUGCUGGGUGCUUGCUGGCUGGGACGGUCACUCUGGAGGACGCUUGUCUGCAGUCUUCAGCUGGUUCUUACUUGGAGGUUUCCCAGGUGGGACUACUUCCUUUGUGGAAGCUGUAUCACCAGGGGUGAAGGCCCUGGUGGCAGUAUACACCACUGGCACCUGGGCUUGAGACUUUUGGAAAUAAUCCAAUUCAUCUCUCAGAAAGCCAGAACCAUCCCUCCCCUCCUACAGGCCGAUGUGAGCCCUUUCCAAGGGGUGGGCUCAGGGAACCGCUCCCCAGAGCCCAUGGGGCAGACGACUAGGGAUCUGGCUGCUGAAGGCUACAUCUAGCAGCCAUCACGAAGCUUCUUGAGCUAAAGGAUGAGCCUGAUGGAAGCUACCCACCAGUGGCUGUAGGUAUCACAUGCACACAGCUCCAACUGACUUGGGAGCGAGGUCUUCACUCCAGCCUUUGAUCACCCCACUCCCACCUGCACACAAGCACCCUGUUCUUGCAGCCACAUCAACGCCUUCAUCCCCUCUGGGCAUUCUUAUCCCUGGCUCCAUACUCCCUGCAUAUCUGCUGUGACCAAGGUGGCUCUGGUCCCAGGUAGUUGGAACCCACAGGAGACUCCCAGAACCAGUUUGGAUGCUUCCUGUGGCUGUCCCCUAGUUACUGGCUGGCUGUGGCUUCAGUGGUGUUAGCUAGUGGAAUACCCACCCCAUCAAGCUCUGGGGCACCCUGGGAGUCAGACAUGGGUGAAGAGAGGGUGCUAUUCCUAAAAACCAGCCUAGCCCCCACCAAAGCCUCAGGAGGGGCCCCAGCAAUGUUUUCUUGUUGUACAAGAACCAGGUCCCAGUGUUGCCUCCUCUUCCUUCCGGAAGCUAACUGCUCCUUUAUUUUUUAGAGCUGCUCAUUGUGAAUCUCAGAGUCUUAAGAGAAACCA